GAAAGAAAAAAAUUUCCUUCCCAUCGCCCCUCCCGGUUCCUCUUUCUCCGAUUUUGGCGAAUUCAAGAACGCCGCCAGUACAGAAGAGGUAAUUAUUUUUGCUUCGUCUCUGACUAAAGCCGUGGUGUACUUGAAAAGUUGACUUCCGCCUCUCUGUGUGACUGUGUUGAAGAUGGAGUUGCUAGCGUUAUCAGCCAGCACGUGUGGCUCGCUCAUGAUAAGCUAGCUUUACUGCUCUGAAGACUUAUGUAGUCGUCCCUGGUUGUCCUCAGGGGCUUGGUGCCAGGACCCCGGCAGAUACCAAAAUCCGCGCGUGCUCAAGUCCCUCGUAUAACACGGCGUGGUAUGCGCUUAUGACCUCUGCGUGUUCUCCCGCAUACUUGGUUAGCUCUUGAUUGCUGAUGACAUGUAAUACAAUGUGUAUGCUACGUAAAGAGUUGCUAUAUUGUAUUGUUUAGCGAAUGACGACAAGAAACAGUGGUAUGUACAUUUUCGCUACAGGCGCAACCUUGGUGGGCCUUCCGAUUCGAGGUGGGUUGAAUCCGCCCAGCAGAUACGGGGUUCCAAGUGUAUAUGGGCAAGAUGAUUGUGUGAAUAAUUCCUUAGAAAUGAAACAUUAGAAGAAUUAUGUCAUAUCAGUUUAAACAGACGUAUUCUAGUUUGGGAUUUAAUACUCUUUUCGUUUUUGAUUUUGUCAUAUAUUUACUUGUAGCCAGUAAUGCUCCGCGACAUAACUAUUUGCCAAACAAAUGGGGAAGAACAUUCAAGAUAAAGAUAAUUUAUGUCACAGGAAAGCUAUUGAAAAUACAAAAAUGAAGCAUCUGUGUGAAGGACUAAUUACAUUGAAUUCAGCUUUUGUGAAGUAUGCCUUCUUUGUUUAUCUUUCAAUUCGCCUUUAGAAAUGUUGUCUGACCCUAAUCAAAUUAAUCUACUUAACUCUCAGUCUUAUCUGCAGAUUUGCACAGACCACAUCCUAAGAUUGACUUCUGCCUCAACAGAAAUGCAUGAACAGUGUUUUAUUGGAAAUGAUUUGCAUCUUUUAAGAACUGUUAUAUCUAGGAUAUGAAAGAUGGCAAGUCCAGAUAGAAGUAAACGGAAGAUACUAAAAGCCAAAAAAACAAUGCCUGCAAGUUGCCGCAAGCAGAUAGAGAUCCUGAAUAAGUCAAAGAAUGUUGAAGCACUAAAAACAGCUGCAAUUGGGAAUAAUGUGUUAAAUGGUAAUCAGAAUUUAAGUACUGGUGUCAUAAGUAGCAAAUGUAAACAUUCUGAAAAUGAUGCUUCCUCAUUGGAUGCUAACAAAAAUUCAGUAUGCUCACAGAAAAGUGAAAUAUUUUCUCAGAAUUUAAUAAAACCACUAGAAAUUGUUGAUUCGGAAGCAAGGUUGGACUACAUUGAAGAACAAGUUGUGUGCCCUUACCAAAAGCCAAGUACAAUAGAGUCUUCCAGGAAACUCUUUACACGGGAGGUAAAAGAUUCACAAAACGCUUGUGAAAACCAUCUUGAAUGUCAGGCAAAUAUAACAAGAUCCUUUUUUGAACAACAUGAAGAGAAUUGUAAUCUGACAUCCAUUUGCCGUCCAUCCGGUGUAUUGAGUGGUAUAGUUCAAACAUCAAAGUUUACAGUAAUCAAUACCUUGGAUGAUAAGAGAAUCAACAAGAUCAUUUCCUAUUUAGAAACGAACUCCAAUUUUGAGUCAAAUGAUAAAAGGCAAAAUGACAUUUUAACUUCAGACACCUGUACUGUGCCUCUUGAUAAAAUACCUAAAGUGGUGAAUUCAGUCAUUUCCAGUAACUGUGCUGCUGACAUUUUGAAAAGUGAAGAAUCCUGUGGAACCUGUCAUUCCAGCAUUGAUUGUGAAAGUACAGGCUUAACGUGCUUGUCCUCACUUGAUACUGAUUGUGAUAACAGCCAUAAUGAAAAGAAGAGGAUGUUUUCAGAAAACAAAGAAAAUGUUAAGCGCAUGAAAACGUCAGAGCAAAUUAAUGAAAAUAUUUGUGUAGCUCUGGAAAAGCAAACAGCAUUGCUGGAACAGGUCAAACAUUUGAUUCGACAGGAGAUCUAUAGUAUAAAUUACAAACUAUUUGAUAACAAACUGAAAGAAUUGACUGAACGCAUUGGGAAGACACAGUGCAGGAAUAAACAUGAAGCAAUAGCUGAUGAACUCUUCGCAAAAAUAGCAAAACUUCGAAGACGUAUUAAAACAGUAUUGUUAUCUCAAAGGAAUUGUUUGGAACCAAACGUGUUAUCCAGUAAUAUAGCCUGUAAGGUUGCAAAUUCAGAGACCAUGAAUUUGGAUAAGAAUCCAGUGUCAGUUAAUAGUCCAGAUGAAAGAAAAACUUCAGUGAACUCUGAACCUUCUAAUCCUUCAGAAAAAGCAAGUGAAAAGAUUAAUUUAUCACGGGAACAUGAUGAGGCGGUUUCUGAAAGUAACAAUGAUGAUGUUAUGUUGAUUUCUGUGGAAAGUCCUAAUUUGACAACUCCAAUUACAUCAAAUCCAACAGAUAGUGGAAAAAUUACAUCAGGAAAUUUUAACUGUUCACCUGAUACUGAAACUAAAGUUAUGGCUGUAGAGAAGAAGAAACUUGAUGCUGUGAUUGAUCUGACGACAGAAGGCCUAUCAAACUGCAACACAGGAAGUCCAGUAUCCACCCUGGAGUCACCUAUGAAAGCCGUUUCAAUCUCAAAAGAGAGAACUCCAGUGGCACAAAAUGCAGCCCAGGUUCUUGAGUCCUUUGAGCACCUGCCACCUCUUCCAGAACCACCACCACUCCUGCCUGAAUUGGUAGACAAAAUCCGGGAUACACUUCCUCCUCAGAAGCCUGAGCUCAAAGUGAAACGGGUGCUGAGACCCAGGGGCAUCGCCCUGACUUGGAACAUCACCAAAAUCAAUCCCAAGUGUGCUCCUGUGGAAAGCUACCACCUCUUCCUGUGCCAUGAGAACCCUAGUAAUAAGUUGAUUUGGAAGAAAAUUGGAGAAAUUAAAGCAUUACCACUCCCAAUGGCCUGUACUUUAUCUCAGUUUUUGGCUUCCAACAAAUAUUAUUUUACUGUCCAGUCAAAAGACAUUUUUGGGCGAUAUGGACCAUUUUGUGAUAUAAAGUCUAUCCCUGGGUUUUCUGAAAAUCUUACCUGAAAGAAAAAUCUUCAAUAAUUAUAUAUUGUACUACAUUUUGUUUUGUUUUUCCGUAUUUGAGUUGUUUACAAUAGUCCUCUAACACUAUUUGCCAUCUUAAAGGGCCGGUACAGAUUGUGAACCCUUUGUAUAGGGACAGUCCCUUCCCUGUGUUGUAAGUGGCCUCUAGUUUCAUGAAUUUCUGAUUUGCAUUCAAUAAGUGCUUCCAAUGGAUAUAUUCUAAAAUAUACACUCCCAUGGACCCAUAUCGCUAAGCUGUGUGUGUACAAUACCUUUGGUGACUGUGGAGCUGCUGCUUAGAUCAGAAACCCAGGAUAUAAGCAGCCACCAUUUCCUCUGUUGACAGUCGGCUUUCGGUGACCUGCCUGCGGUCAGUAUAGCUACAGGAAAAAUCUGCUUUUCACUGAGGCCAGGUCAUCCCUGGAGUGUGUCUCCACCAAGACUUUAUGAAAAUAAAUGUCUUCUCAUUCUGUUCAAAUUCUAAGGGCUAUUAAUUUUUGCUCCCCCCCCCUUUUGGCUAUGUCAAUCAUUUGGGGGAAAUAGUCUGCAGGUUUUCCCUAAAUCUGUUUGUAUACUUAUAUAUAUAUAAUAAAAUUAACAUUGUGUGCUGUAUACACAACACAUAUGGUAUUGCUUAGGAAAGCAUUAUCCAACCCACUAUUUCAGUUGAGGAAAAUGGCGUUGUCUGCCUUAUAUUUAAGGCUUUAAUUUUCUGAUUCCUUAAUGCAACCCUUUGCUCAUUUCCUGGCUGCCAUCAUUACUCAGAGAAAGAUCAUAAACUCUGAGGGACUCCAGUAGCUGUGUCCUAUGCAUACCUGCAUCUGAGGGAGCACUGAAGGGAAGCUGUGGCCAGCACAAGGAGCCCAAGAAAUUCAACAAGCGGACAGACGUGAUAAGUAUAAGUCAGGGCCCAAUGGGACAAACUGGGUAACUAAUACUGAGACGUUGAGAAAAACAGAAAAAUAACUGUAGUAUAAAAGAUAUUAUGUUCAAGAGAAGCAUUCUUUCCUGGUACAUAGUAAAAGUUCAGACUUCAGAGGCUCUAAAAAAAUGAACAGGAAACUGUUUUCCUUGGCAUUUUGUGAAUGCCUUCACUUCUUCAGUCAUAAAUAAAGCUGUUAUUUUUUGGUCU